AUGGAAAAUAUAGUUUUUAAACAAUAUAUUAAUAAUUAUAAAGAGGGAACGAAUAGAUAAAAAUUGUUUGCAAAUCUAAUUAUUUAUUUAUUAAUUAAUUAAUUUUGUAAUUAUUUAGUAUCUAUCAAUUUAAUAUAUUAAUUAGUAAUAAUUUAAAAGCAUUAAGUAAUGAAUCAGUACAAAGAAUUUUCUAACUAAAACUAUAUAGAAUUAAGAUUUUCAAAUAAAAAUGCGAGAGAGCUCAGCUAAGAUGAGGCUAUGAUUAGAUAUAAAAGAAAUAACUACAUUCUUGGCCGCAUAUUUAGUUAUGACAUUGACUCUGAUGGAUAUUCGGAGGCUGUAAACUUUGAUUCUCAUUCAUUAAAAAAUGUUUCAGAAGAAUAAGUUGAAACAGUAUAAAAAGAAUUAGAGGAAGUAAAAGAAAGACAUAGAGAAAGUUUUGAAGAAUUCAAAAUAAAGCAACAAUAAUUUAAAAAAUAUUUAGAAUAGGCUCACCACUUUAAAGAUAAUGAAGGAAUGGAUGAUUUUAUUUAGGAGUUGAUGGAUAAAUAAUUAUUAAAUAUAGAUCAUCCCUUUUUCAAAAAAAAUUCACCCUUUUACUUGUAAACUGAUAAUAAAUUUGUAAAAGAAGUAACACUUCCUGAACAUAAAAGCGCAUUUAGAGAAACUCUCGAUGAAACAUAGUUUGCAAAAUUUGAAUGA